GCCGGCCUGGUGCCGGAAGUGAGUUGCGGAGGCGCUGCCGGUAGCUGCCACGUCUGAGACCGGGAGCCGCCGCCGCCGCUGCCGCCGCCGCCGCUGCAGUCAUGGUGUCAGUAAUUAAUACUGUGGACACCUCCCAUGAGGACAUGAUUCACGAUGCCCAGAUGGACUACUAUGGUACCCGCCUGGCAACCUGCUCAUCAGACAGGUCCGUCAAAAUCUUUGAUGUGCGCAACGGAGGGCAGAUCCUCAUCGCAGACCUCAGGGGUCAUGAGGGUCCUGUGUGGCAAGUGGCCUGGGCCCACCCCAUGUAUGGCAAUAUCCUGGCAUCCUGCUCCUAUGACCGGAAAGUCAUUAUCUGGAAAGAGGAAAACGGCACCUGGGAGAAGACACAUGAGCACACGGGACACGACUCCUCAGUGAACUCUGUGUGCUGGGCCCCCCAUGACUACGGCCUGAUCCUGGCCUGUGGGAGUUCAGAUGGGGCCAUCUCCCUGCUGACCUACACUGGGGAGGGCCAGUGGGAAGUGAAGAAGAUCAACAAUGCUCACACAAUUGGCUGCAAUGCUGUCAGCUGGGCCCCUGCUGUUGUACCUGGAAGCCUCAUAGACCAGCCAUCAGGACAGAAGCCCAACUACAUCAAGAAGUUUGCCUCAGGCGGCUGUGACAACCUCGUCAAGCUGUGGAAGGAGGAGGAGGACGGCCAGUGGAAGGAGGAACACAAGCUGGAAGCACACAGUGACUGGGUUCGAGAUGUGGCUUGGGCCCCCUCCAUUGGCCUGCCCACCAACACCAUCGCCAGCUGCUCCCAGGAUGGUCGUGUCUUCAUUUGGACCUGUGAUGAUGCCUCAAGCAGUACAUGGUCCACCAAAUUACUGCACAAGUUCAAUGAUGUUGUGUGGCACGUGAGCUGGUCCAUCACAGCCAACAUCCUGGCUGUGUCGGGUGGAGAUAAUAAGGUGACCCUGUGGAAGGAGUCCGUGGACGGGCAGUGGGUGUGCAUCAGUGACGUCAACAAGGGCCAGGGCUCCGUGUCUGCUUCAGUCACAGAGGGCCAGCAGAACGAGCAGUGACAAGACAGGUGGGGCCUGGCUCCCCAUCUUCCGACUCCAGGACUGCCCCUUCCUAGGCCAACUGACCAAACAGCUGGGAGGAAGCGCCCCCAACUCCAACAAGAUAACUUUCCCAGGAGUAGUUAAAACUGCAACCAGAUGGAUCAUCUGCCUUAACGUGAUUUGAUAUGGUUUGUAAUUUACUGUCCGGUUGAAAGUGUUCAUGUUAUAAGAAAAAAACUACAAAUGAUCUUCAAAUCUAUUGUUUUAAAAUAGUUUUGGCCAUCUUUAUGUACCUUUUGGGUUCAGGAAUUAUUUGGGGGGUUUUGUGUCCAAAGUAAUUAAACAUAUUGCUUAUAAUUCUCCCUACCUUAUCCUCCCUAAAAAGCUCAUUUUAACUUUUGUUGGGUCACUGUGCUGGAGCAACUUUCACCAAGACUCAGGUCCCUGUUGGCCGACUUAAACCUACCCACAGAGCUGGGCUGUCACUGUGAGCAUCCUGUGAUCCAGUUUAUACAGAAGGCACCGUACAAAGCACUAUAAGGGGAGAGCUAGACUUGGACUUGAGUUACAGGGACUGUAACCCUGGCUCUGCUCUGCUACUUGUCCUCUCUGAGCACACAUCCUCUCAUUCUGUGGAACGAGACUAAUAAAGCCUGAUCUACAGAA